AAUAAAAUUUCGAGGAAUCAAAAAUUGAAGAGGCGCCAAAUACUAUUUUAUUAUUAUUUCAAGCAGCGCGGCAAGAGUCUCGCGCCGAAUAAAUCUUGUUGAUAUUAUUAGAUUAGGAAUAUUUCCAUUAUUGUAUCUUCCUUUUCUCUCGAUAGUAUUAUAAAUAACACAAACGAUUUGUAUACUAUAAGACUUUCUCAAUCUCUCUAAUAUCUUCUUCCUUUGUGUAACUUCACGAUGACGACGCCGGUGAGUAAGAACAUCGCCAUCAGGCCUGUGGAGUUCUACGGAAACGCACUCCCCCGUCCUCGUUUCUUCGCUAAUCCUCAGUUCAACUCUCACCGCGUCGAUCCGCCGCUUCUCUCGUGGGCUAGAGACGCUCACUGGUCCACGGGUGGUCUCAACUUCACGCGCCUCCGUCUCCAGGGACGAAUCGAAGGUGACGUCGACAAGCUCCGAGCGCAGCUCGAGGAUUCCAGCCCUGGAGACUCCGAGAAGAAGAGAUCCGGUUUUGAUUCUUCUCCGGCGGCUCCGGUUGCGGUGAAACGAAGGAGGUACGUAGAUCUUAACGAUGAUGAGGAUGAGAUUGGAUCGGGAGAUGAGGGAGUGGCGAGGAUUAUCAGAAACCUCUCUGGUGAUUUUGAUAGAGUCGCUGGAGAGAGUGAGAUCUGUAAGAAAUCGAUUGGAUCCGAGUCAGUAGGAAAGAAGAGGUUGAAGAAGAAGAAAACAAGUUCGAUUAGGACGUCUCCAAGAUUGACAAGAAUAAUCCCUCUAGGUUUUAGAUUUUAAUUCAUGAGAAUGUAACUUCUUAUUAGUUUCUGAAUUUCCUAUAAAUAUAUUAAUUUCUCUGCUUUAACUGAUAAAAUUAUGAUUAUUACCCUCGAUAUCUGAUUCUUGAAUUGGGAGUAAAGGAGGAGCAGUGUGUUGCUUGACAAGGAUAUGAAUGUUAGGUUAGUUGCCUGAGCUGGUCAAGAUAGGGGAGACCAAUGUGUAUAGCUUUACAGUGUGUGGAAGGAGGCCAAUAGGUUGUGCAUAUAUAAGUUUGACUGAUGAUGGUGACAAGAGGCAAAGGGAAGGCAUGGAAGUGAGCUUGUUGGAGAGAAUGAAGAGUUCUUGUUGGUAAACUAGUGACGGAAGACAACAAUAACGACAUCCCAUGUUCCUACAUGUAUGAAAUUCGUCUUUUUAUUCUAAUUCCUCUUAAAGAGUUUUUGGUUCUAUUCUUCAAGGAAGCUGAAAAGCUAGUGUGAGAAGUUAAUUUGUAGUUGUAUUUUUGUUC